AUGGUGGAGCACUGGUGUCACCGGUGGACGAUACUGGCUGCUGUUCUUGUUUGCCUCACCCUGUUCGGAAGCCUGCUCGUCCAACGGCCUUCACUGCUCAACACAUUCCAAAGACCUGAAUCAGGCCUGCCCAAGGUUCUUGUUAAUAGCACAACCACGACUGUCCUAGUGUGGUACUGGGCUUUUGGAUAUUCAGAGCACUUGCAUGGCAAUGUGUGCCAAGAUAGGUUUGGCAUACCUGACUGCAUUUUGUCAGAUGAUCGGUCACUGUUCCCUCAGGCAAAUUUUGUCAUUUUCCACAACCGUGAGCUGGUCAGCGGACAACAAAAGUUGCCCUUGCAUUUGCCCCGCCCACAGCAGCAGGGGUGGGUGUGGUUCUCCAAGGAAAGCCCAGCCAAUAAUGGCAAUUUGAGGCCUUUUGCUGGGCAAUUUAACUACACGAUGUCUUACAGACAUGAUGCAGACUUUUUUACACCAUAUGGCUGGUUACGCCGACGAGAGGGGGGAACCGGAAUGACAGUCGAUGAUUUUAUUCCCAAAAAUAAGUCUUCUUUGGCCUGCUGGGUUGUGAGCAAUUACCAAGCCCAUCAUGAGCGAGCAAAGGUGUACAAUAAACUGAAGGAAGUCAUAAAAGUAAAUGUUUAUGGUGGAGCAGUCGGCCCACGCCUGGAUGGUGAGCAACUGUUACCCACCAUAUCUCGUUGCCACUUCUAUCUGUCUUUUGAGAACUCUAUCUUCCAGGACUACAUCACAGAGAAGUUGUGGAAGAAUGCAUUUUUGGGUGGAGCUGUGCCUGUAGUUUUAGGCCCAUCCCGGCAGAACUAUGAGGCCAUGAUACCAAAAGAUUCCUUUAUUCAUGUGGACGACUUCAGUUCCGUAGAGGAGCUUGGAACAUUCCUCAAGAUACUGGCUGAGGAUAGGGAACGCUAUGCCUCAUAUUUCAAAUGGAAACUAAAUUACACGGUGGAAACAUAUAGCCACUGGUUGGUGGAACCAUAUUGUGAAAUCUGCACAAAACGCACCACCUUACAAACACCCAAGGUUUAUUGGAAUUUACAAAAUUGGGAAUGGAAAUAA